AUGUUGUUGCUCCGGCUAUCCAGCCUCGGAGUCAGCAGCAGCAGCGCAGAGGUGGUGCGAGUUUCAGUUCUGGUUCUGGCAGGGGCGGUUUGCCUGCGCAGGGUCAGAAGAGGAGUCGAGAUGAGAGCUCUGGCAGCCGGGUCAUCUCAGACCGGCGUGUCCCCAGUUGCAAGGAUGGCAGUGGCAUUGCCAGUAGCGGCUCAGCCGGUGAGUCAGAUUGCAGCGGUGCAGCCAGCGGGUCAGAUUGAUCGGCACCGCGGGGCUAUUCUUCGGUGGAGACCGGCGGGACAGAUCACAGGGACCUUGUUAGUGGGCGGUUUUGAGUCCCACGUUUUAUUCGACUCUGGAGCAUCGAAUUGCUUCAUUACACCGGAGCGUGCCGAGAAGAGUGGCAUCCGGAGUAGCGCGGGCGAGAGCGCGGGCAUGGUCAAGGUGGCGGGAGGUGGAUUCUUGUCUACUUUGGGCCGUGCUAGAGGAGUCGAGAUCGAGAUUGCGGGGCAGUCAAUGCCAGCAGACUUAGUCAUCAGUCCGGUGGAGCUGUAUGACGUUAUUCUCGGGAUGGACUGGUUGUCACACUACAGAGUUCAUCUGGAUUGCUACAGAGGUAGAGUGGUCUUCGAGCGAGAUGCAGGGAGGUUGGUUUAUCAGGGAGUGAGACCGACUUCCGGGAGUAUUGUGAUAUCUGCUAUUCAGGCCGAGCAGUUGUUAGAGCGGGGCUGUGAGGCGUAUCUGGCGACGAUUUCUAUGUCUGAGUCAGGAGCUGGAGUUGUUAUGGGAGAUAUUGAGGUUGUCCAGGAUUUUGAGGAUGUCUUUCAGUCACUGAAGGGAUUACCACCAUCUCGGUCUGAUCCUUUCACGAUUGAGUUAGAGCCGGGGACAGCACCGAUAUCGAAGACGCCUUACAGGAUGGCGCCAGCUGAGUUGGCAGAGCUGAAGAAGCAGAUAGAGGACCUUUUGUCUAAGGGGUUCAUUCGACCGAGUGUUUCACCGUGGGGAGCACCGGUGUUGUUUGUGAAGAAGAAGGAUGGCAGUUUCAGACUUUGUAUCGAUUACAGAGGUCUUAACCGAGUCACUGUGAAGAACAGGUACCCACUCCCGAGGAUUGAUGAGUUGUUGGAUCAGUUGAGGGGUGCUACUUGGUUCUCCAAGAUUGACUUGGCAUCGGGGUAUCAUCAGAUCCCGAUAGAUGAGGCAGAUGUCAGGAAGACUGCUUUCAGGACGCGUUAUGGGCAUUUUGAGUUUGUGGUUAUGCCUUUCGGUUUGACUAACGCGCCGGCAGCCUUCAUGAGAUUGAUGAACGACGUGUUCAGGGAGUAUUUGGACGUGUGUUCGUCAUCAUUUUCAUUGAUGAUAUUCUGGUAUACUCGAGGAGUCAGGAGGAGCAUGCGACUCACUUGA